AUGUCGGAUUAUGAGUCAGAUGAAGAGCCUACAGCCGCUGAUGAAACAGUUCUCAACAAAUAUAAACUUGCUGCUGUUUUAAAGGAGCUCAUGGAACAAUGUGUUCCUGGCGCAAAAAUUAUCGAGCUUUGCGAGUAUGGCGACAGACGAAUCGUCGAAGAAACAAAUAAGCUUUUUAAGAAGGAAAAAGAAAUGAAGAAGGGAGUUGCAUUUCCCACUGCCAUCAGUGUGAAUAACUUUAUUUGCCACUAUUCGCCGAUCAGCGGGGAGGAGAACAUCAUUGAAGAGCUUAACGAUGGGGACUUGGUGAAAAUAGAUUUGGGUGCACAUAUUGAUGGCUUUUCUUCCGUUAUUGGACAUACUUUCGUGAUCGGUGCUAGUCCCGAAAAGAGAGUCACUGGCCGGAAAGCUGAUGUUAUAGUUGCGGCGAAUGUCGCUGUUGAAGUUGCUAGGCGCUUGGUCAAACCAGGAAAUGAAAAUUACCAAGUGUCUGACAUGAUCGCAAAAGCUGUGGCAGAUUUUGAUUGCAGACCAAUUCAGGGCGUCCAAUCUCACCUUCUCAAAAAACUUGUCUAUGUCGGUGAGAAGAGCAUAGUCUUAAACCCCGAUGAUGACCAAAAAAAGGGUGUUGAGAAGUGUAUCUUCAAAAUGUACGAGGCUUGGUUGCUUGAUAUCGUCAUUUCGACCGGCAGUGGAAAGCCGCGGGAGCAUACCGCUAGAACGACUUUAUUCAGGAAGAAUGAAACACUUUACCAUCUAAAAAUGAAGGCGUCUAGAAAGUUCUAUAGUGAGGUUUCCGCAAAAUUCCAGGAAUACCCUUUCAAUAUAAGGUCUGUUGAGGACAUAAAGUCGGCGCGUUACGCUGUCACUGAAUGCGCAAGUCACAACGUCAUCACUCCGAUGCCUGUUCUCGUCGAAAAGGAAAAGGAGUUUGUUGCGCAGUUCAGAUUCACCGUGGUACUGAUGCCUAAUGGAUUGAUGAAGAUCACGGGCCUGCCUUUUGAUUCUUCUCUAUAUAAAACUGAUUUCAAGACGACGGACGCCGAAGUUAAAGAGCUUCUCAGUCAGCCAGUCAAAGCGUCUGGAGGUAAGAAGAAGAAACCUCUUAAUGCUGGCAACGAUCAGGGUAUUUAUCUGAGGGAGCUUCUCAUUCUCCGCUGGUUCUGUUGUGAUGUUCUGCCAUGCCCACGACCUCCCACCCCUUUUGCACGUUAA